AUGGGACGUGGCUCGUCCACGCCCUCGCUGCGCUCCGUUCGGUCAAACGGCUCAUCCAUUUCAGCAGCUUCAAGAGCAACCAGUGGCACAUCCAAAUCAAGCCAGCAAAUGGGGCCUCGGUUCAUCGACGACCAUUACCCACUCAUCACUACCAUCCACCCUGAGACCGUUCCUGCUUCCGUGCCUAAGAGCCAUAGUGCUCUCUGGUGUGCCCGUCAGAUGGCACAGAUCCAUAACACCAUCAUUCGUGCAUUGAAUGCUUCGUGGAACCACGCCAUCUCCGUCCAGCCGUGCACUCGAGAAGCUGGUGAUUUUCUCUUCUUUAACCAACAACUCUGCAAGACAAUCGUCCGUCAUCAUCACGUCGAGGAUGAAUACUUGUUUCCCGAAGUCGACAAGCUGCAAGGCCAGCCAGGAGGAACCCAAGGGAAUAGAAAAGACCAUGAGUCAUUUGCCGCAGGACUCGCCGUGUUCCAGAAAUAUGUCUUCAUAACGAAAUCAUCUGAAUUCUGUGGCCUCACUGUCCGACAUAUCAUCGAAUCAUUCGCCCCAAGUUUUAUCCAGCAUUUGCAUGACGAGAUCCCUACUUUGGUCAACUUGCAUGUGCUUGACUCUGCUGCAUUGAUGAAGACAUGGAAGCAUGCCAACCAUCUGGCCACCAAAGAUGCAGAGCUGUAUAACGACGGCCCGUGGCUUCUUGGCUGUCAGGACAAUGCUUUCACCAUUGACGGCAUCAAGAACGACUUCCCAGGUGGUUUCUGGGUCACCGGAGCGGUCAUCAGAACUUGGCAUGCCAGAAAACACGCAGGGGCUUGGAAAUUCUGCCCCAGUGAUCUUUCCGGUCGAAGGAGACAACUGGCCGUUGUCUAG